AUGACCGUCAAUGAAGCGCCAGAGCAUAUGGCUCCAUCGCCAACAGUCAUUUCAACGACACGUGAGAAUCAGAAUGAGAAUGAAACCAAACACGAUAUCCCAGCCCGUGAUCUUGAAUAUGUGGCGCAAAUCAGAGCAGCCAUUGCGAACCAGAGCAUCGCAGCGCAGGCGCGACGAGAACGAGAACGCCAACACCAACUGGAGAAUGAACUCAGUCCCGUCCCCUCUGAAAUGAGGGCAGACGGGAUCGUCGCCCCACCUUCUUCACCAUGGAACCCUGGUGAGAAGCGAUCAUCGUCGCCGACGACAUCGUUGAAUGUCCUGACGGUUAAGGCGAAAGACGGAGUCACAAGUCUGAUCAAUAAAGGGAGGGGAGCAAUUUCGAGAAGAACGGGUAGGACAAGUCGGCGGUCUCUCGCUAGCAAGAUGUCCAAGACGUCGAAGGUACUCAAAUCCAAGGUUAUGGGUGCGAAGAAGAGACCGGUAUCCUUGUCGAGAAGACAAUCGAGUUUGUCGAUUACUCGACCAUCCAACCCGAUUGUCACGAUAUCUCCUCCUCUCUCCCCUUUUUCUCGUUUGAUUGACGACGUCAAUCCAUUCGAAAUGGAUGAUUCAGAUGCCGCAACUCUGAUAGGCGAUACUGACAAUGUCGACGAAACUUCCCUCCUCCUUAAAUCCGAGAAGACAGCUUCCAAAUAUGAUUUACCCACCGGAAUGAAACACCAUGAGACUCGGUCCUUACCAGGUCAAUUGCAGUCCAAGUUUCGCACGUCGAUGAGCCGAUUCUUGAACGGAGCCGAGAUAUUAUCGGUACAUGCGAGUCAUGGUCUUUUGGGUCGAAAGUCGACGUUGCGUCGUUGGUCGAGGUUGUGA